AUGUCGGAAAGCCCGUUACCAGAGGAGGUUGCUGCAUCGCUUCUUACUUUGAACGGUCUCGAGCUUCAGUCAUUGAAAACAAUACAGUCAUUGUGGGCUGGCUAUGGCGAAAUCUGCCGCAUCGUCGCGACGCCGAGCAGUUCGGUAAAUUCUUCGGCAGAGUCAUCACGUACAGCCUCGACCAGCAACUCGGGGAUCUCUACGCCCCAAUCUACAGUCUCAGAACCCCAGACGUUCAUUUUGAAGCUGGUCAAUCCGCCGCCGACGAGGUCGGGCGAUGAAGGUCACACGAGGAAAAUCCUGAGUUACCAGGUCGAACAAUACUUCUACAGCCACCUUGCGCCACAGAUGCCAGCGUCCCUGCCAGUCGCUAAAUGCCUGGGAAGCGUUAAGAAGCACAAUAAGGACGGGUCGUCAGUCACAGCUACAUUAUUGAGCGAUCUUCGGGUUCAGUAUCCCGUCGCAGGGGAGAAGCGCAACGUGCUCUCUUCGACUCAAGCACAUGCGGCCCUCGACUGGCUCUCGGGAUUCCAUGGUUUCUGGUGGCCGCGUGCCAAAGAUUUCAAGCGCUCCUCCUUGGUAUUGCCGCCUCUUGAGGAAGUGCAACGUGAUGGUCAAGACGCGACUGACAAGACGGUCUGGCUGAACGGCGGCUACACAUACCUGGCGACACGUCUCACGGAAUAUAACAGACUUUCUAGCGACCACCGAGACGAAUGGAAUGGACCUCUCACUGCUGUUGUCGACGGAACAGACAAGUCCGUCGCUCAGAUCGUGGCCGCAUAUCUCGCACCAAGCCUACCCGAGUCGGAGCCUAGCGCCAUUGAGGAGUAUCAAACACUCAUCCACGGCGACGUCAAGUCCGAAAACUUGUUCACUUCUACGUCCGGCUCGGAGGUUGCAUUCUACGACUUCCAGUACACCGGCCUCGGCCUCGGUGUCUGCGACUUGGCCAAGCUCUUCACGUGCUCAAUACCGUUGAACAUGCUUGUAGCCGACAGUGACGUACCCCACGAGCUCAAGAUGCAGCCUGGCGAGAAAGAUUUAUUGAACAGGUAUUGGGCACGUCUGAAGGAGGCCAGCGGAAAAGAGUACGACUGGGCUCUCUUCGUGCGGCAUUGGGAGACUGCACUGGUCGACUGGCUGCGCUUUCAGGCGAGCUGGGGCUUUUGGGGCAACACGGAGUGGUUGGAGGCUCGUGUUAGAAGCAUUCUCAGCUAUGAGGAUUGGAGGAGAGAAGUGAUUCGCGGUGCUGGAAAAACUAGAAUACCUGGCCUCAGUUGA